UUUUCUUUUUAAAACUUAUUUUUUAAAUAUAUUAAACAUGUCUGUCCUCGAACAACUCAAGAACUUCACCACCAUUGUUGCCGAUUCCGGUGACUUUGAGACUAUUGCUCAAUACAAGCCCCAAGAUGCCACCACCAACCCUUCUUUGAUCUUGGCUGCUGCCCAAAAGCCUCAAUAUGCUCAUCUUAUCGAGGAUGCUAUCAAAUAUGCUCAAUCCAAGGACAUCUCUGCUGAAGAGAAGCUCGAAUUAGCUACCGACAAGCUUUUGGUUAACUUCGGUUCCGAGAUUUUAAAGAUCGUCCCCGGUCGUGUCUCUACUGAGGUUGAUGCUCGUCUCUCUUUCGAUACUGAAGGUACCAUCGCCAAGGCCCUUUCUCUCAUCCAAUUAUAUGCCGAUAACGGUGUCAACAAGGACCGUGUCUUGAUUAAGAUUGCUUCCACUUGGGAAGGUAUCCAAGCUGCUCACGUUCUCGAGACCAAGCAUGCUAUCCACUGUAACUUGACUUUGUUGUUUGGUUUUGCUCAAGCUGUUGCUUGUGCUGAAGCCGGUAUCACUCUUAUUUCUCCUUUUGUCGGUCGUAUUCUCGAUUGGUACAAGAAGAGCACUGGUGAGAGCUACACCUCUGCCACCGAUCCCGGUGUCUUGUCUGUCUCUGCCAUCUACAACUACUACAAGAAGUUUGGUUACAACACUAUUGUGAUGGGUGCCUCUUUCCGUAACACUGGUGAGAUCGAAGAGUUGGCUGGUUGUGAUUACUUGACUAUCUCUCCCGGUCUUUUGGGUGAUUUGCAAAAGGAUAACAAGACUUUGGAACGUAAGUUGAGUGUUGAAAGUGCAAAGACUGCUGAACUUGAGAAGGUUUCUUUCUUCAAGGAUGAGAAGGCUUUCCGUUGGGAAAUGAACCAAGAUGCCAUGGCCACCGAAAAGCUGUCCGAAGGUAUCCGUAACUUUGCCAAGGAUGGUGUCAAGCUUGAAAACUUGUUGAAGGAGAAGCUCGCUUUGUAAAUAUUCCCCCCAUAAAAAAACCACAACUUUUAUAUAAUCUUUCUUUUUUUCCUCUUAUGCAUCAGUCAUAUCCAUAUUUUACAAAAAAUAAAUAAAAAAUUCCAUUCGUUGAGUUUUGUUGAACAAUAA